AUGGGGAAGCGCGCGACGCGAUCAGCGCCAUCGCCUUUUGCCCCCGCGCCAUCGCCUUUUGCCCCCGCGCCAUCGCCUUUUGCCCGCGUGCCAUCGCCUUUUACCCUCGCGGCAUCGCCUUUUGCCCCCGCGCCAACGAGCGCGUACCAGGUACUGCUCGAGGGAUUCCGCAACGGCAUAAUCCCCCAGGACCUUGACGUUGACGCGAAGCUCGACGACCUUGGCGGCACCCCUCUGCACGUGGCUGCUAUGGCCGGCAACGUGACGGUCCUCGACGAGAUCGCAUCGCGCGCACUCGACAUCAACGUUCGCAAUCGGAUGGGUACCACGGCAUUGGCGGUCGCGGCGGUCUACGAUGAUCGCGCCAGUGUCGACUGCCUCGUCAAGCACGGCGCACUCGUCAACACGCGCGACCAGAAUGGGUCGAGUCCUCUCUAUGAAGCCAUUCGCUUUUCCAGAAUUGACAUGGCACGACAGCUCAUUGCGGCCGGCGCUGACGUCAACGAAGUUUUCAGGGACAACCGUACGCCACUCUACGCUGUAAGCAAGAGCGAUUCGGACGAUUUUGCGAACGCGCUCAUCCCCGCUCUCAUCGCCGCGGGGGCCAACAUCCAAGAUGCCAUGAAGUCUGGGUUCUGCCAAGUCGGCUGGUCCGACAUCAAGGUGGACCGCAUGCGGCUCUUCUUGGCCCAUGGCGCGCGCUUCGCCGACAUGCCUCCGAUUCACAACGACUCGAUGGUUGUCCAUAUUCCGUAUCUGCAGCUGUACCUUGAACAAGGCGGCAAUCCUAACAAGCAAGACGAGACGAACAUUAUGCCGCUUCUGUACUAUGCUCUCGAAAAGCGAUCGCGGGAGGCCGUCGAGCUUCUAGCACCAGUGGCCGACAUCAACUUUAUCGACUACGCGACUCCGAUUCCCCACUGGCGCGCGUCAUUGAAGCAUUCGACCAAGGCGUGCGUCGAUAUGGCGCCGCUGGGCCGGGCCAUCAAGAACAACCUCGACACAGCACUGAUCGAGAAAAUGCUGCACCAUGCGAGCGUCCAGCCGCCAGAGUACUACGUCGAAGCGCUCAAGAUGGCACUAACCGCCAAAAGCGCUUCCAACGUGGCGCUACUAGCGUCGAAGGUCGACCUCAAGUCCGAGUGCUUUCUUCACUACGCGGUCCGCAACCCCGACUUUGUGGCGUUGUUGUUGGAACUGGGCGCAGAUCCCAACCAGCGCGACGAGUACGGGCGUCCGCCACUGCUCGGUGCCUGCGAACUGCAAGAGACCUCGGCUCGCAUCCUGCUGCCCCACACGACCAACUGCGACAUUCCUGGCUACGUACGCCGCAAUCUGCAUUGA